UGUCAGAACCCUGCUACUAGAGCCUGGAUGUGGCUCUGAGUUUCAGGGUCACUGACAUUGAUAAGACACCUGCGUCCCAGGACUCGGAGGAGAAACGGCUGAUGGACUUGGCGGGGAAUUUGCGCGGGGUUUUACUGAGCGGGAAGAGACUGUUCAAAUGAGGGGGAGGGUAUAUAAAGGAGGGUUGGCCGGAGCCUCCCAUUCUUGGCUUUUCUGAUGUUCAUGUUUCCUACAGUAAAAGUUCCUGGUGAUACCACAGAGAGUCUCGUGUGUUCAUUCAGGAGCGGCUGUGGUGAGCUGACACUAAGCCAAGAAUAUGGACACCAUCCCGCUGUAGCGGUGAGGUGUAACAUGCAAGUGGAGGAUGAAGAGCUCUUGGGCGCCGGAGGAGGAAGGUCGGAAAGGGCCACUCCCGAGACGGACGCUGAGUUCCACCAGCUGGCGGCCCUGGCGUCAUCCACCGCUUAUGCCCAGCCAAAUGGGGUAACCCAGAGGCGCGGAGUGGUGCGGGGAGAUAGCACCGGAGGAGAGGAAGGUUCACCUUCCCCAGGCCCGCAAAAGAUGGUGUUUCUGGAGGAGAGGAUGUCGGCGAUGGAGACCACCCUGGCAGUGAUGUCGAGGGCGAUGGAGCGCCUGGCGGUUUUGGCGGAGCCGGAGCGAGGAAGGGAACUCCGGGCUAGCUCAAUGUGGGACGUGAGCAUGGGAAGCAGCCAGGGCUUUGCAGACCUCCCAGCACCGAAGGGAAGGGAAAUGCGAAAGGAGCCCGGUGCCCGGCCCAAGAUCCAAACGAGCCUGACGCGGGUGGAGGAGAGUGACGACGAAGGGGAAAAGCCUCCGAGAAUCCCGGCUACGCUCCCAACUGAGACCCUGGUGCCCCUGGCGAAUGCCGGGCGUGGCACAGGACAAAGGGAAGCAGCAGCGGGGCCCACUGGCCCGCAAGGGGGCUUGCGACGGGCGGAGAAUUGGAGAUUGCCACCACAGGGACCCCUACCGAGACGAGAGGAACUAAGGAUCGAGUUUGGGGGAGAGUCCUCUGAACUGGAUUUUUUCCUGACCACGGUGAGGGGCUAUAUGGAGGACAAUGCCCACACUUUUAGAACGGAAUCCAGCCGGGUACGGGCCAUUGGUGCAGUGUUGAAGAGGGGAGCGGCCAGCUGGUACGUUCAACUACACGCGCGGCGCGACCCAUGUCUGGGGUCACUCCGACGCUUUAUGGGGGCCCUGGAGACCCGUUUCCGAGAUCCACUGGAGCAGAUCCGGGCGAGGGAGGAGUUGAAGACCGUCUCCCAGGGGCAGAGGUCGGUAUCUGAGUAUGCGGAGGAGUUCCAAUGCCUCGCUGAAAAGGUGCCGGAAUGGUCUGCAGUGACAAAGAUAGAACUCUUCAAAGAGGGGCUCAGGCGGGAGAUCCUCUCCUGGGCGGUGCAUCGUGAUGAGCCUGACACACUGCGCGGAUGGAUUCAGCUGGCGGGGCGCAUCGAGACAUCGCUGGCCCAGGCGAGGAGGCACCGAGGAGGGCUACAGCAGCGGCCGCAGAUGAAAGAGGGGAGCCGGAAGGAGGGAUCAACCCCAGCCGGGAGGAGAACGGAGCCGACAGGGAACGUGAGCACCAGCAGGAGGGGCUGCUUCGUGUGCGGCCGUUUGGGCCACAGGGCUGCCGAGUGCUGGCAGAGAAAAGGGGAAGGCGGAGGCCCGCCCAAACCAAGAGCCGUGGCAGGGAAACGCGCCGAGGAAGAACCACCGAUGAGGCACCACUCGGGGGGGUUGGACGAAGGGGAGGAGGACGCCAUGUCAGAACCCUGCUACUAGAGCCUGGAUGUGGCUCUGAGUUUCAGGGUCACUGACAUUGAUAAGACACCUGCGUCCCAGGACUCGGAGGAGAAACGGCUGAUGGACUUGGCGGGGAAUUUGCGCGGGGUUUUACUGAGCGGGAAGAGACUGUUCAAAUGAGGGGGAGGGUAUAUAAAGGAGGGUUGGCCGGAGCCUCCCAUUCUUGGCUUUUCUGAUGUUCAUGUUUCCUACAGUAAAAGUUCCUGGUGAUACCACAGAGAGUCUCGUGUGUUCAUUCAGGAG